AUUUAUAUCGAAAGAUAUGGGGAUCGACUUGCGCUCAGAGCAUUUUGCCGUCAAAGAACUGUGACAAACGAAGAGUCGGGUGGAGCCGAGACAGUGAAGUCCUCCCUCAUGCAGAAAUUAAGAGACAGGUUAAGAACUCCUAAUACUGUACAAGGCACCGCUACUGGCCAAAAAAAUGCAGCCAAAAUCACCCGGCGGGUUGAAAUGGGAUGGCUCCACUUUGAGAGUGGAAUGUAUCACCAGGUUAGAACGAGAAAAGGAGGAGGAACACGGAAUCUGUCGGUCCAGAAAUCAGUGACUAUGGGUGAACUGUUGGAGACAGGCAAAUGCUUGUUUUUUGCAAAUGGGCAUUCAUCAAAAGGACUGAUAGAAGACUUCGAGUUUGACAUUUGUGAUUACAGUCCCAGUCCUGUGCCCCGUGAAGUCACGGUGGGCCAGCUGUACGAACAGACUAAACUAAAAAUGCUACGCGUCUACACUGCCACCAAGUCUAACAACAUUCUACUUCUCUCUGAUGAAUCAUCGGACAUGGAGCCAACACAGAAAACGCCGCUGAAGGCUAGGUCUAGGACAAUGAAGACACGAUCCUUGAGGAACAAGACCAGGAGACUCAAUGAAGUGGAUCAUCCAGAGAGCUCCUCUGAUUUAGAUCUAUCUCCAAGUGGCUCAAUGCAGCAAAACCAUGAACAAAGAAGAGAGACAAUCAGCCAGUCAAGAUCAGCAACUCCUGAGAUGGGUAACACAGAGCUCCUGCAUACACAACCUACUCAGGAUGUUGGCAGUCAUACUCAGCAGUCAACAAGAAGGCAUGGAUCUGAAGAUGACUGUUUAACGCCUGUGCCAAGUCAAGAUGCAGACCAGUUGUUAAGUGAUGUCUCAGAUUCCCCUCUUAAUCCUUCCAUUCAACAAUCUCUUGAGGACUCUGAAGUGAAGUUUGGACCCAUUGUUGGUGAUGAUACUGAUUCUCAAGACACCACACUUCCCUGGAAUCCACAUGACUUGAGCAGCAUGCAGCAUUCCACAUUCAAUGAUGGUCCUGUAUCAUCAAGCUGUCUUCCAGCAUCACCAGAUCCAUUUGACAAAGAAAUCCUUAUUUUGAAAUUAAGACGAGUAAACAUAGUUGAUGAUGUCCUUAAUGUCUUCAUGGAUCCAAAAGUACUGAAUGCUAGUCUAAGAAUAGAGUUUACAAAUGAGAAAGCUAUGGACAGUGAUGGUGUGUCAAGAGAAGCGUACUCCGCAUUCUGGGACCACUUCUUGGACCAGUGUGAGGGGGAAGAUGAACGAGUACCCAGGCUACAACCAGACUAUUCUGAGAAGAAAUGGCAAGCGCUCGGAAGAGUGUGGUUGAAAGGAUACCUGGACCACAAAAUCCUACCAAGCAGACUGUCACCAGCCUUUGUUCUUGCCUGUUGUAAAGGAGUUAGCUCAGUGGAUGAAGAACUAUUAAUGAUGUCAUUUGCCAGAUUUCUUUCAGAAAAUGAGCGUGUGUCGCUUGAAAAAGCACUACAGGGUACCAUUGAUGAAACUGUUGAGGAGGACUUACUUGAUGUCUUCUCCAGAAUGAGCUCACACUGCCUGCCCCCUAAAAACAAUUUACGGGCUGCUAUUUUAACAAUGGCCCACAAAGCUCUUCUUCAAGAGCCAAAGUUUAUAAUUGACUGUUUCCACUCCAGUAUUCAUAAUGCUAUGCCAACGCUCAUAACCAAAGACAACAUAAUGGAGAUAUAUGAAUCUAAGAGGCCAACUAACAAGAAAGUGGCCCAGAUGAUAAAACCAUCACUUGAAAGCCUAAAUCCACAAGAGCAGACUGCUCUUAACCACCUGCUACGGUAUGUGAGAAGCAUCGACCAAAGAAAAUUGGAGAUUUUCUUACGCUUCUGCACAGGAUCUACUGUGCUGUGCAAAGACACAUUUGAAGUCAUUUUUAACACAUUGUGUGGUUUAAGUCGCAGGCCUGUAGCACACACAUGUGGAGCAGUUCUUGAGUUACCAUGCACUUACAUCACAUACCCUGAGUUUUGCAAAGAAUUUGAUAAUGUCUUGUCUGGUGACUGCUUCACAAUGGAUAUUGUGUAGUGAAUGGAAAGCACAUCUAUCUUCUACACUGAGGUUAUUAUGGCAUUUGUCUGAUGCAAAACUGUUUCUACAGAUUUUCAUUUAUUGUUUUUAUUAAAACAGAGACCGUUUACAUUUUUUGAAUUGUUUUAUUUUCUUAUUUUUUCUGUAAAUUGUUAGUACAGUGAGAUUCAGUUUUUUUCCACAAGACAGUUUAAUAAUUUUGAUAAGUCAGCAGGGUCUGUUCUCAUAGGUAAAUGUCCCUUUUUGUACAAUUAUUACAUUUUUAUGUGCAUCUUUUAUACAAUUGUUAUUCUGAAUAAUGUUCAGAAUUUAUGUCAUCAUUCAACAAACAAGUUCAUGUUCAAUGCAAGUACAAUACAUUUCUAAUGGUUGUUUAGUUCUGUUCAUUUCCUCUUUCAUGUCCUGCCUUGCUUCUCUUUGCAGUCAGUGUGCAUAUAGUGACAUAUCAAUCCUAUUUGCACCUCAGUUUUGCUGCAAAAUGUUCUUAAUGUUUGUGGCAUAGCACUGUUCAAGUGUAGUCAGUGUGGACAUGUUUUAGCUCUGA